AUGCUUAAGAUCUCUAGCAAUGAGAUGGUCGAUCUGUUAAGGCCUAUGAUUAAGAAAAGGUGGCCAUCAUUAUUUGAAAAUAUUCUUCCUACCAACUUUAUUCUUCGCAAGAUCAAUUCCGGAGUAGUUAUAAAUAUUUUAGAUCAAAUUAGACAAUAUAAUAAUGGGCAAGGCGAAAGAGGAGAAGAAAUGUUCCCAUAUCAAUUAAUUUCUAGUCAUUUUCCCCAGCAACCUCCUAACAAUAAAAUUCAUAUUAUUGUACUUCAAUUAGAUCUCUUAGUUCCACCAAGUCUUACUAGGAAGAACUUGAGAAUUGCCUACUUAUUACACAAAGACAUUACUACCCUUCGUGGGAUGUUACCUUCCCUUCGUGAGACGUUACCUUCCCUUCGUGGGACGUUACCUUCCCUUCGUGGGAUGUUACCUUCCCUUCGUGGGAUGUUACCUUCCCUUCGUGGGAUGUUACCUUCCCUUCUUUCACCACCGGAAUAUAGGAAUUAUAAUUGUUGCGGAAAGCCGGAACGCUCCGUUAUGUGUAGUGGCGAUUUACAAGGAAUAACCGAGAAAGAACUUGAAACAUGGUUAAAAAGCGCGUCCACAAUUUCAUUCGUACACAUUAUCAAGAAAAUCUAUAAUUCCACUCCCCUCGAAGUCAGUUCAUUUUUUAGUCGUUAUAAGGAUGUCACUAUGGACGGACCCCAGAAUAUUGCAAUUAAGAUUAGCGCCUCAUAUUAUUUCAGCAUAAAACGGAAGGUCAAUUAUUUGAAGGUACGAGAAGGCAAAAAACCUAAACCUGAUUCUGCUUCAACUUCAGUAGAAAAAGCGCUUGAAACCGAGGAACAACAAGGAAAACAACCUGAAAUUCGAAAUCACGAAGAACUCAAGAAAGCCCCCGAAGAAAAAUCCAAAGAGGAAAUAUAUAAUGAUGAUAUUCCCUUCGCUAUAAGUGAUGAAAAUCAUAAAGAAGAACUCCAACCUGAAAUUGAGGAACAACGAGCCCCUGAAGAAAAAUCCGAAAAGGAAAUUUAUAAUGAUGAUAUUCCCUUCGCUAUAAGUGAUGAUGUUGAAAAACGUAGUAAUGACAGAUCUGAAGAUGUAUAUAAUCGCAAGACAAAAUCUUCAUUAUGUCCAUCAUAUAUACAGGGGAUCGAGCCGGCUCGGUGGUGGCAUAAAAAUUAG